AUGCCAAUUGGCGCCUCGACUGCAAAACCGAAGAAGGACGAGAAGAAGGAUAAGAAGAGUGAUCGGGAAGAAAAAUACGAACUACAAGAGCAAGUGUUCAUCCGAUGGGCGAACCACCUGCUCGGCACCGACCGUCUCACGGAUUACAAAAGUCUUCAAGAUGGAUCCAACGCGAUCUUCGUCUAUCAAGCAAUCAUCGGUCAAACGAUGGCCGUCCUUGGGAAUCCUUCAGACGACUGGCCGAAUAUUCUACAGUAUGUCGGCGACUCGAAGACGAAUCCACAGGAAGUGAUGGACGGAAAUCAGAAGGCGGUGUUGUCGGCGUGGUGGCAAUUGGUACAAUUCUUCUGGAAGAAUCAUGCACCUCUACAGUUGAGAGAGGAGAAGCUAUCCGAGGCAAUCAAACAAUGGUGCAUCGAAGUGAUGAGUUCAUAUGAAGAGAUUGAUGUCUACGAUUUCACGUCUUCCUUCAGAGAUGGUCACGCCUUCAAUUAUCUGAUUCAUUCUUAUGACAAAAAACUGAUAAACCUCUCAAAAACCGCCGAAAUGAGUGCAAUCGACCGUAUCGAGAACGCGUUUGGAGUGGCAGAGAAGACGUGGAACGUGCCAAGACUAUUGAGUCCGAAAGAUCUCCACAGUGAACACCUCGACUCGCACUCGGUGCUAUGCUAUUUGAUGAAUUUGUACUUGGCAAUGAUAUCGACGAGCAAAAUUGAGAACGAACUCGAAGCUCAACAAAUCCAACAACAAAAAGCGGCGGCCGCCCUUCUUGCCGCUCACAAAAUGCAUUCUCAACCGUCAACGUCUUCAUCGUCAGCUCUCCAGAUUCCACCACAAACCCCGCCCAUUUCUACAGCACAACAAGCAAUGUUGGAUCGAGGAAAGAGUUUCGAGCAGCAGUCGGUGGAGAGCGAAGUCCGUUCGCGCAAGUCAUCCUCCUCCUCUCAAAAGUCUGGAAAAUCGAAAAAAAUGCGUCGCGAGGAGCAACUCGCCGAGUUCAAAUCAUGCAUCGAGCAGGUGCUCACAUGGCUCCUGGAAGCCGAAGACGAACUAGUCACCCUCACUCAAAUGCCACGUGUCCAAUUAGCCUCAGUCCGCUCGCAGUUUUCAGAUUUCGAAUCUUUUAUGUCGAGUCUGACGGAUAGUCAGGAUACUGUAGGCCGGGUGUUGCUCAGAGGACAAAUGUUGAGUAACAAAUCGGAAAAUGAGGAGGAAAAAGAGGCGAUCGCCGCAAAACUUCAUCUGGUGAAUACGCGAUGGGAGGCGUUGAGAGAGCAGGCGAUGCAGGAGCAAGCAGUGCUUCAACAACAGAUUCAUUUGCUCCAGCAGGGAGAACUCGACACAAUUAGUCAAUGGCUAGACGCCACUGAACUCGAAAUCGAAUCGUUUGGCCCGCUGGCGUCGGAUUCCGCGCAAGCACUUCGACAAAUCGAAUUGCACACGAAAUUCCAGCAAAAGCUCAACGAUUUUCAGGAGACUAUUGAUAAGCUGGAGAGUUUUGUGGCAGUGGUUGACGAAGAAAACGACGCGUCAGUGGCCACCCUAGAAGACGCUCUCAGCGGUGUCUCAGUCCGUUGGGGUCACGUAUGCGAAUGGGCUGAAAAACGAGCAGCUAAGCUAGACGGACUCGCGGAUUUAAUCGACAGGACCAAUGAGGUCUUCGAGAAUCUAUCGGAUUGGUUGACGGCAAGAGAGAACGAGUUAAUGACUGGACUCAAGUCAGCGCAUCAUCUGGAGAACGAGCAGGAAGUCGCUCAGCAAGUUCGACGACUUCAGAAGACCGAGGAGCAGUUGGAGCAAGAGCAUUCGAGUUUUGUGAGGCUCUCUCAGCUGUCAUGUGAGCUUGUGGGGAGGUUGGAUGAGAGCAAUGGAGCUGCCGCGAAUACAGUAAGAUUGAGCUUGGAUUCUAUCACCCAGAGGUGGGAUAACCUGGUCGCUAGGAUAGAGGAGCAUGGAAAAACUCUUGUGAAAUCGGGAAAGGCGGAUGUAAAGCAGGUUAUGGCCCAAGAUACCGGGGAGCCCGUGGUCACGUCAUCUGAAGGUUUGUCAACGGACACCGAAGGAGAAGAGCAGAAAAAUCAGCUGGUCGACAAGUUCCUGUUGCAUAUCUCCAAGCUAUCCCAUGAGCUGGAACCCCUCCAGGAAUGGUCGGAGAGGUUCGAGGUGUCUAGAAAACGAGAUGACGUCAGGAAGAUGAUGAAUACCUGCCAGGAAAAGCUGAUUCAGAUUAAGGAGCAAGAAGCGAGGGUUAACAGGUUACAGCUGGAAUUGGAGCACCUUCAUGUCGCGAAGCUCAAUGCGAAACAACUAAAAAGAGCCAACGAUGCGUUCGAGCAAUUCGCGAAGGGUUGGGCACGGAUUGUGACAAAGAUUAGUGAGGCGAUGAAUGUUUUGACGGGACAGGAGGCGAAUGGAGGUCCGAAUGGAGAAGAAGCGGCUGUGGCGGCCAAGAUUGAGCAGUGGAUUGAAGCGGUGGAUAAAGUCAUCAACGAGCUCUCCCAACUCCCAGUAGCCGAGCGUCUCUCCAGAAUUGAUAAACUUGGGCAACAGCUUCAAGUUCAGGAGAAAAAUGUUGGAUUUGUGGAGAAAGACCUCCUCAAAAAGGCGAUUCUGAAAAAAGGACUGGAAAUUGCUGGAAAACGACUCGCCGCGCUGAAAAUUGAGGAGAAACCGAUAGUAGAGGUUGAAGAGGCACAGGAGCCGGAAGCCGAGAGACAUGUGAAAUUUACGGAGGAAAAAAUGGUGGAAUCUGAGCACCCGGAGAGCACCCAAUCCCCAAUAUCCGAGGCUUCCAUCCUAGAAGAGUUGGACGGUGCGUGGAGCCCGGUUGGUGACGUCAUUUCCAUUGAGCAAGACUUGCUUAGAGCUCAGAAAGCUGUGGAAAAGGCGAGAAAUUCGAAUAUGAGCAAUGAGACGGUAGAAAAGGCGGAGACGAGGAAGGCGGAGAUGGAGGAGAAGAGACGGGUCACGAUGUCGGCGAGAAGCAAGUUUCAGAUUGCUGAAGAGACGGUGGAGGAAAUCGAAAGAUCACUGGACCGUCUCCAAGCGUCCGACCUGGAAAUUGCUAAUCUAGUCCGUGGUCUCGAGCAAGAAUCCACAAAACUCGCCGAUCGAGCGGCGCUCCGAAAAGAGGCGGAGCGAACGGCGGAGAAGAUGUUGAGUAUGGAUGAUGUAGAGAUUCCGGCGGAAAUUGUGAUUAAAACAAAAGAUUCGAUUGAAAAAUUGGCGAAACGAUGGAAUCAGUUGGAUCUGGAUUUAGAGGAUAACUUGAGAAAGGCUAGGAAGGAUCAGGAUGUGUUUAUACAGAAACGUCUCCGAGAAGGAGAGGAAGCACUCAACGAGAUCAAAUCGGCGAUCGAAAGUAAACGAGAGUCGUUGGACGCGGAAACCGCUGCGGAGAGUCUUGAUCACCUGGAAAGUUCUCUCGACAACAUUUCCAGCCUUUUCGGGGAAAUCGGAUCCCUUCCGAUGGAUGAGAACUCCCGUCGGAAGCUCACAAAAUUGGCGGAGGCCAAGGAUGAAAUCGCAGCGAAGGCCAACGAGGCGUUGGCUCAUUUAUCACGGACGGUGUCGGAAUGUGAAGAUUUUGAGAAGCAGAUUAUGUUGUUCCAGAACUGGAGCGUCCGCAUCGGUUUCCUACUGCAAGCUAGGAAAAGUGCAGACAUUUCAGCGUUUGACAUCCCGCACGAGUAUCAUGAAGAUCUUGGAAAUGAAGCGGAACUGAUACCGAAACUCUCCCGCGAAUUCGAAGAGUGGAGUGCGAAACUGAAAGAGAUGAAUUCGCUAGCGAUGGAGAAGGAAGAUGCGGUGCGGAUGAGGGAACAGUUGGAUCAUGCUAAUGACUCCAUGACAGAGUUGCGUCGAAAAUUCAACGAAUUCAAGCGACCGAAGGGAUUCGAGGAGAAGCUCGAAAAAGUGCUCACCACGUUAUCAAAUGUUGAAAUGGGUCUCGACGACACGACAGGUAUUGAUGGAGCCGAGUGUGGCGGAGCACUGAUGGAGGUCCGUGCUCUGGUCAGAAUGCUCGACGGAGCACAAGAGAAGUGGAAGGAUUUGACGGAGACAAGAGAGCAGUUGAUCAAAGAUCAUAUUCUCGACGAGGAGUCCUCUCGGGAAACACUUCAGAAGCUACAGUAUGCCAAGACAAAGUCUAAAGAAUUAUAUGAGAGGAGUUCCACGUGUAUAGAACGACUCGAGGAUUGUGUGGAGAUGUAUCAACGGCUGAAAAUGGAAUCUGAUGAGAUUGAGAGGUUUUUGGAGGAAAUGGAGACGCGGUUGGAUCGAUACGCGGCUAGUGACCGCCCGGAGGAGGCGGAGAUUGUCGAUGAGUUGAUAAGUGAAUGGAAUCGAAAUGAGGCGGCGAUGAAUAACGCGGCACACUUGCAGAGGCAGUUAAAUGAACGCGCCAUCAAAAUAGCAAACGACGUGCUCUCUCUAAAACGUCUUCGCGCUGACGCCCUAAAGAAUCGUUUGAAUUCCUGGUGCCGUACAAUCCAGGAGAUGUCAGAAGACGAUGAAUCAGCACUUCUGGAGAUUGACGAGCUACACCAUACCAUUGAGAAGGAGCUUCAAGAGGUUUCCGAUAAGGAACCGGCGAAAAUUGCAGAGAAAUUGAGAUUUUUGAGAGCUGACAGGGAUCGGUUGAGCUCACGGACAAGAAAAUUGGCGGCGAAGAAUCCGAGGCUGGCUGCCACGUCAUCUGAUGUGUUGGAUGCGUUGAAUCAGAAGUGGAAGGCGUUGGAGGAGAAGUCUUCUAGAGAUAAGACACCGAAGCAACAGUUGGAACAUUUGGAGCUCCGUGACGCCGAACUGAGCACGGAUGCUCCAUUUGACAAGAGAGUCGAGGAGUUGUUCGACCUAUUCAAAAAUCUGGAAACCCAUUUGGAUUUCAACGGAGCCUCACCUGUCGCCACGGUGGACGAAUACCAAAAACGAGUGGACGAUUUGGAUUUGUACCUCGAUGAGUAUCGCCCACCGCUUGACGAUGUCAUUGAGGAGGGACGGAAAAUUGCGCGGACCGGACGGUUGGAGCUCCAGACACACGCUGCGAUUGAGAAGUUGGAUGAGUUGGCGAACAAGAUUGAGCGGGUGGAGACGGAGUUGGAUAGGCAUCGAGAGAAGGUUGCGCCGCUUUUGGAGCAACAUGAGCAGUUGAGGAAGGACAUCGACUCAUUCCUCCUUGUCCUCGACGUCUUCACCGACCGUAAUCUAGACGACGUGGACAUUGCGAAAUCGACAAGAAAAGAGUUAGCCGAGAGGGAUUCUCACAUCACCUCGCUGACGUCAAGAGCGACAGCGAUUCAUUGCGCAUUGCCAGGGAAAGGCCCCCAACUCCAUGACACCACUCUCGACAAGCUCCGCAACCGGAUAGAAAGUCUUGAGGCUCGUCUGGCGACCACUGAGAAGAGGGCGGAGCCUAAUGAGCAGAAGCCGACGGAGCCAGCGCCAGAAGUCACAGAAGCUGAAAAGUCGUCCCCGGAUCGUACCAGCCGCUCGAGUCUACAGUUGGCAAUGGAGGCGUACGGUACCGCCACAGAAGACGACAGUGUGAUAAGUGAGGCGGCGACUACGGUAGCGAACAAGGAUACUGUAGCCAAGGAUACUGUAGCGAGCAAGGAGGCACCUGAUACACCGACGCUUCCAGUGAAACAGUUGAAGGAUUUGGAAGAAGAAAAAAGAACGAUUAUUCUGCCGGAUGAGACGGAAAAAGUUAUUGAGACCACCACUAAGGUGGUGUUGAAGGCUCCGGAGGCCACGCCCACUCAAGAAGAGGCCACGCCCACUCAGGAGAUCGCCGAGGUGUCAACUUCAGAAGUCCUCCAAGGAAGACCUGCGGAGGAGUCGAUUGAACGGACUGUCCGGGAAGUGCCGGUGGAUGUUUAUGAGGAGACUGCGAAUAUUUCGAGUGGUGAUGAGUUGGAUACAAAACUCCCUCCACCCGUGCCGGAUUCUGACACCGAAAUCGCCUCGAUGUUCGAAGUGCUCGACUCCAUCGAGGACGCCCAUACCAAUUUCGAGGAGUUCCCCUUCGACUAUUUGGAUAACGCGGAGCAUGAUUUGAAGAAAACCCUAACAAGACUAGAAUCCUGUGAGCGCACGUUGGCUCAGAACGAGAUGACUAUCAAUAUAGUGCAAGCGGAAAAUGCGAGGGAGAGGAUUACGAUGCUUCGUCAAAUGGCACUUCAACGAAAAGACAAACUACCAAAGUUUAACGAGGAAUGGAAUGCGAUGCAAGAGUUAAUCCUGAACGCCGACUCCCUGGUCGACGAAGCCGAACGAUACGAAUCCGACCAAAUCCCCCAAAUGGACCGUAAAUCUGCGCCACACGUGCUCGGCGAGCUGCGAAAACGUGUAUCCGCCGCCGAGGGACCCGUCAUCGACCUGGUCAAAAAACUGUCCCAAUUAGUACCCCGAAUGCAAGACGACUCGCCGAAAUCUCAGAAUAUCCGACGGACGGUAUACGGUAUCGAGGAUCGAUUCCGGCGGGUGAGCCAAGCGGAGACAGCCGCCGUUUCGAAGGCUCUUUCGAGUGCUCUGACGGAGCCAGAGCUCAAAAUGGAGCUCGCUGAAAUGAUGAAGUGGUGUGAGCUGGCGGAGAAGGAGGCGUCGCAAAAUGUGAACUCGUUGGAUGGAGAUGGUCUGGAGAAGUUAGAUGGGAGAUUGGCUCAGUUUACGAAGGAGUUGCAGGAGAAAAAAACCGACAUGGUACAACUCGAGAUGGCAAAGAACAUGAUCAUCCCCUCACUCAAAGGAGACGCCCAUCACGACCUGCGUCGUCACUUCUCGGAAACCGCGAAACGCGUCGCCAUGGUUCGUGACGAACUGUCGGACGCCCAUAAGUGGGUGGCCACCUCCAGGGAUACCUGUGACGCCUUCUGGACGGACAUUGAUAGUCUGGAGACGUUGGCGAGGGAUGUGGUGAGACGUGCCAAUGGGAUACGGAUGGCUGUGAUCUACACGCCGUCGAGGGAGAAUGUGGAGGCGGUGCUUCGAGAUGUGGAACGGUUGAAGGCGUCGAUUGGCGAUGUGAAGAAGAGAGUGCAGACGGCUAACCUCCCGCCGGCUAUUAAGUUGGCUGGAAAGAAUGCGAAGAGAGUCGUCCAAGUGCUCACCGAGACGGCGACGACGAUCGCCGACUGUCAUGAUCUACCAACAUAUCUAAUCGAUGAGAUGAACGAUUCGGGCGGUGACACGACGGAGUCUCGUAGUACGGUGGUCGAAAUGACACCAGUGCAUGCUAAACAGAGUUCGUCGAGCUCUUCCAACAAGACACCGUCGGCCGGUGGGGAUUCUGAAAAUUCUGAAAAUGAGGACGGUCACACGUUGAACGGAGACGAUGAGCAAUCCGAGGAGGAUCAGAAGAUUUAUUCGCGGGAAUCCUCGUCCACCCUGCCAAGAAGCUCCGCCCCCCAGACGGGUACCCUCGACCCUGUCGCCGUCCAACUCACCCAUACAAGACACUGGUUGCAUGACGUUGAACGCGACGCGUCGAAUACGGUAGACCUCGCGGAAUGGCAACCGGCGAGAGAGUUGUGGCAGAAUAUUCAAGGCAUAAUUGAUGAGAUUCGGUUGAGAAGUGUACAAGUCACCGGUGCACAUGAUGCGAGCCCGAAUCGACAAGUUAGACAACAGGCCGCGCAGUUGCUCACCGAAAUGCGACGAACAAUCGAGAACUGCGAGAAGCGAUGCCUAAUUCUCAACCAGAUUUCUGAUGUCGCUCGUCAAAAUGAAUCGGCGAGAAACGAGAUGGAGGCGUGGCUUAAAAGUGCGAAUGACGUCAUCGGAGAGCGACGUGUCGAAGAGUUGGCAGAAGACGUCGUCCGUCACGAACUUCAAGUUUUGGAGAGAGUCGUCGCACAGUUGAAUGAGCGGAAGGACAAAAUGCAAGAAAUUAAUACACAGGCCCACAAAAUCGUCGACACCUACACGAAAGACGAGGCGCACAAUUUGAGUCAUUUGUUGAGUCGGCUGAAUAUGAGUUGGACAAAGUUUAAUGAUAACAUCCGCAUCCGUCGUGCCGUCCUAGAAGCCUCCCUACGAUCCCGUCGUGACUUCCAUUCAGCCCUUUCGGAAUUUGAAAUGUGGUUGGGUCGACAAGAGGAGAAUUGUUCGAAACUUGCACACGAGACAAUGAACGCACAGGCGAUAAAAGAUACGUCGAAGAGGAAGAAUUGGACUACAAACUACAAAACGUUGAAUGCCGAAUUGAAUGCUCAUGAAGAUGUGAUGAAGAGUGUGGAGAGUAUGGGAAAAAUGUUGGUCGAGAGUUUGGAGAGUGGAACCGAGAAGGCGGAGCUUCAGAAGAGAGUUGGGGAGACGUCGAGACGAUGGGCGGCGAUAAGGAAGACUACUAAUGAUAUUGGAGAACGCCUCGAGAAAGCGGAACAAGAAUGGGAGAAGCUGUCCGACGGGCUCGCCGACCUCCUCUCCUGGAUCGAGACCAAAAAACAGAAGAUAGUCGAAGAACAACCGAUUGGUGGAAGUCUAUCAGCUGUCAUGCAACAAUCCGCUUUCGUCAAAACUCUUCAAAGAGAAAUGGAGUCGAAAAACGGUGUCUAUAAGAGUACUGUAGCCGAUGCGCAUAGCUUCUUGAUGCAACACGACUUGAGACCGAAACUACACAGUCCACAUGUCUUGGAUGAUGAUUAUGAGGAAGGAGAGCUAGCUGAUCUGGAGCAACGUCGCCGUGGUCUUGAGAUCAAUGCGAAUUGCGAGAAACUCAAGAAGAAUUGGGCGGAGCUUGGCGUGGAAGUGGAGAGUUGGGAUAAACUGGUACAACACGCGAUGCAACGGCUCCAGGAGCUCGAGAGGAACUUGGCCGAGUGCCAACUCCAUCUGACGUCGUCGGAAAAUGAGAUUGAGACGAUGAAGGCGGUGGAGAAGAUUCAUUUGGAGGACUUGAAGAUUGCCAGGGAGGAGACUGAUCAGAUAUCAAAACGAAUCGAUGAAGUGAGAUUGUUUGUGGACGACGUGAAUGAUGCGGCGGCGAGAUUGUUGGCGGAGGACUUGAAGUUGGAUGAACACGCCAAGGGACAGAUUGAGCAUGUUAAUAAGAGAUACUCCACUCUGAAACGUGCCAUCCGAAUCCGUCAAGCGGCUGUUCGCAACGCCGCUUCCGACUUUGGACCGACUUCUGAACACUUUUUGAAUCAGUCCGUAACACUUCCAUGGCAACGAGCCAUUAGCAAGUCGAACCUCUUGCCGUAUUAUAUUGAACAAACCACCGAAAAAACGCAAUGGGAGCACCCGGUGUGGGUGGAAAUCGUGAAAGAGCUCUCGCAAUUCAAUCGUGUCAAAUUUCUCGCCUACCGUACCGCCAUGAAACUACGCGCCCUUCAAAAACGUCUGUGUCUGGAUCUCGUCGACUUGCCGCUUCUCGAAAAAGCGUUCGUCCGACUGAAAGGACUUUCAGCCGAAGAGUGUCCCGGGUUGGAGGGUAUGGUGUGUGCACUGUUGCCAAUGUACGAAGCACUACACGCGAAAUAUCCGAAUCAAGUGCAAAGUGUCUCGCUGGCAGUGGAUAUUGCUAUUAAUUUCUUAUUGAACCUGUUUGAUCAAUCCCGUGACGGAAUAAUGCGUGUCCUCUCGUUCAAAAUCGCCAUGAUCGUCUUCUCGAACAUUCCAAUCGAGGAAAAGUACCGAUACCUGUUCAAACUUGUCUCCCAAGACGGUCACGCCACACAAAAACAAAUCGCCCUACUCCUCUAUGAUCUUAUUCACAUUCCGCGGCUCGUCGGUGAGUCCGCCGCAUUCGGAGGCACCAACGUCGAGCCAUCCGUCCGCUCUUGCUUCGAAACCGUCCGUCUCGCGCCGACGAUUUCCGAAGGAGCGUUUAUCGAUUGGGUUAAGAAGGAACCCCAAUCAAUAGUCUGGUUAGCUGUUAUGCAUCGUCUAGUUAUUUCUGAAAACACAAAGCAUGCGUCCAAAUGCAACGUGUGCAAAAUGUUCCCAAUCAUCGGCAUCCGCUAUCGCUGUCUAACAUGUUUCAACUGCGACCUCUGCCAAAAUUGUUUCUUCAGUCAGCGAACGGCGAAAAAUCACAAAAUGAAUCAUCCGAUGCAGGAGUACUGUGAGAAGACCACGUCGUCAGAUGACGCGAGGGAUUUCGCGAAAAUGUUGAGGAAUAAAUUGAGAGCGUCGAAACGACAAAAGGGAUACUUGCCGAUUGACGUCGCCGAAGAAGGAAUUCCCCUUACGUGUCCCCCGGCCAAAGUCACCAAUCAGUCCACUGAGCAAAUGAAUGCGGACACCGCUCAGAUGACCGCCCAUCUUGCAAAGUUGUCGGCGGAGCACGGUGGAGGGGCGGAGCAUAUGGAGCCAGUGCAGUCACCAUUGCAGAUUAUUAAUCAGGUCGAACAACUGCAACGCGACGAAAUGGACCAGAUGCUGCACCGACUACAAGUGGAGAACAAGCAGUUGCGGAAGGAGUUGGAAUGGAAACGAGGCGCCGCGAGUACCAUGGAAAUUGAUAGAAGCUCAAAACGCCAAGUUGACCGUCGAAGCGAGAGCCGUGGCGGCACGUUGCCACUGAGAAAUGGAAGGAGUGUGGUAUCGUUGAAAAGUACGCAGAGUCAAAAUGAUGUGAUGGACGAGGCGAAGGCUCUCCGUAUACACAAACAGCGAUUGGAGCAUCGCUCGAGAAUAUUGGAGCAACAAAAUGAGCAACUGGAGAUGCAGUUGCAGAGAUUGAAGAAGGUUAUUGAUGCGCAAAAACAAGCGCCCCUCUCCACCAACUCCCUACUCCGCGGCUCGCAUGCUCAAUGGACUCCAGAACGUGCUCUAUCGGCAGCCCGUUCCGGCUCUCUCGGCACCAUCGACCGUAACCCUAACCCCGCCACUGACACAACAGCCGAGGAUUCAGAUGACGUGCCGCGUGGAAGCAGCGUAGGUCAAAUGCAGAAUCUGAUGAACGCGUGCGACGACUUGGGACGGGCGAUGGAGUCGUUGGUGGUGUCGGUCGUGUAUGAUUCUGAUGAGGAGAAUGAGGAUUGA